GAAUCUAAUCCCUUCGGGCAUCAUCUAACAGAAAACAUGGCGGCGCUCAGACGAACAUGCGCUGAGCUGACUCGUCGCAGUGUCAACACACAGAGUAGCAGCGUCCGUUCAUGUCUUCAGUUGGAGCACAUAUCGCCAACUCCGUUACCAGUCAGAUCAUUAUCAUGUGCAUCGUCGUUUAGGUCUACAAAUGUUACAAUAGGUUUUGGUCAAACAGUUCGGAACUGCCCUCAAGUGACCUCUGUCCACUUUGUCCACACAUCAAACACUAAACACAAGCGCGAUUACUAUGAUGUGCUGGGAGUGGAUCGGUCAGCAGAUGCUGCAACCAUAAAGAAAGCCUACUAUCAGCUUGCCAAGAAGUUCCAUCCUGACGUCAGCAAGAACGACCCCUCUGCUGCUGGCAAGUUUCAAGAAGUGUCCGAGGCUUACGAGGUCCUGGGAGACACCUCCAAGAGACAGCAGUAUGACACAUUCGGGAUGGCUGGGAGCGAAGGCAAUGCAGGACAGAGACAAAGUGGAUUCUCCAGUCAAGGUUUUGAAAACUUUCAUGGCUCUAUUGAUCCAGAGGAGUUGUUCAGGAAUAUCUUUGGUAAUGCUGGUUUCCGGAUGUCUGGUUUUGGCAACAUGAAUGACUUCGAGGAGUCCAAGUUUGGGUUUGCUCCAGCCUCAGAAAUAAUGAUGGACCUGACGUUUCAAGAAGCAGCCCGCGGCGUGAACAAGGACAUCAAUGUCAAUGUCAAGGACGUCUGUCCCAAGUGUUCUGGGAAGAAGGCAGAACCCGGGACAAAACCUGUCAAGUGCCAUUUCUGCAAUGGGACGGGAAUGGAAACAAUCAACACCGGGCCUUUCAUGAUGCGAACGACAUGCCGACACUGCUUCGGGAGUCGUGUGUUGAUCAAGACGCCAUGUACGGAGUGUAACGGAAAAGGCAGCCUCAUCAUGAGGAAGAGAGUCACAGUUCCUGUCCCAGCAGGGGUGGAGAAUGGACAGACGGUUAGGAUGCCCGUUGGCCGGCAGGAAAUUUUUAUUACAUUCAAAGUGGCCAAGAGUCGAGUGUUCCGGCGUGAUGCAGCUGAUGUUCAUAGUGAUGUUACUGUUAGUCUUUCACAAGCCAUCCUCGGAGGUACGCUACGCAUACCAGGGAUAUACGACGACAUACUGUUAACGAUCCCCAAUGGCACCCAGUCCCACGAGAGGAUACGCCUGCCAGGGAAGGGAAUCAGCCGUGUCAACAGCUAUGGCUAUGGAGAUCACUACGUCCAUAUCAAGAUUAAAAUACCCACGCGCCUAAGUGCGGAACAGAAAGCUCUGAUCCUGGCAUAUGCGGAACUUGAGAAGGGAGUGGAGGGGACUGUUGAUGGCGUCGCCAGAACACAGUCAGGUCUACAAGCCAUCAAUGAUGAGAGAGGACUUGUUGCUCAGAUCAGACAGGCGCUGAGAGGACUUGAGGACAAGACAGCACAGCUGGAGGACAAAAGGACAGAUGAUAAAAGAGAUGAUAAGAAAAUUAAACAGGAGGACAGUAAGGAAACAGAGGGCAAGAAAGAGACAUUUCAGGGUAGAGUCGACAACAAGAAAGAGACAGUUCGGGGUAGAGUCGACGAUAAGAAAGAGACCGCUAGGGAGGACGACAAUGAUGAUAGUGAUGAUGAGGGGAUGACGAAGAAAAGCUCCAGCUGAGAGAUGCUGCGUAAAGCAGUAUUGAUGCUGCGUACAGCAGUAUUGUAAAAUUAACAUUGCCUGCCAGCAACAGAAUUUGGAAAGCCAAUCAAUACAUUUUUAUCAUGAAAAACAUCAUAGUAUUUCUGUUGCAUAAAGAGCUGAUUUCUCGAACUCCCAAAGAAUGUGCAUGUCUGGAAUACAAGAAGAAUUCUUUCAUCAUGUGAUUGUAUUGUCUUGACUUUCAUCCAGAAUUUAAGCUUGGGUCAGGGAUUUGCUCAUGUUCACAUAAAAGAAAAGUAGGUCACCUCCAGUCCAGAACACCAGGGUUUGCAUGUUGUUACUGGUUUCCCACCUUGUGUUUGUGGCUGGUAAGCAUUGAAGCUCCAUUUAGUGCAUUCUCAUUUGUUUCCUGUUGUGCUGUGAUCCUCCAUGUGCUGUUUCAUGUGUGUCUCCUCCACAUCUGGAUGCAUCAGUUAGUGCAGUCAUUGUGGCCAGAACCUGUAAGCAGUCAUCUGUGAUUCUAUUUACCGUAUUAACAUGGCAAAGUUUGAGUCUUGACAAAUGACAGCUAUACUGGGAUCAUUAGGAAGCUGUUUUUACAUAUGAGAUGCUUGUUCUGCCUUUGCACACAUCAGCACACUGAAAAGCCUUGACAAACGGUUUAUUUGGUUCCAGUUAUUGUGAAGGGAAACACUUUUUUCAUGGGUUACAUGGGUCUGUAGUCAGAGAUUUCUGCCACCAGAUUACAAGUGUUACUCUCCAAUAUAACCCAGACAACCUAUAUGCAUGUAUUUAAUUUGAGUUGGUGAAAAGAUGAUUCAAUAGCCUAAUCUACCAACAUUGUUAGCUGAAGGUGUUGUACAGGUAAACCUGUAAAUAGGAAUGGUAGUGUCCAUACUGUGCUCAGAGAUGAUGUGAUACUGAAUGCAGAGAUGUUGGGAUCAGCUGCAGAUAUUCAUGUCCUACAGCCAACUCAUGGCAGAGUGCUACUUAGGUAACCAAUUUCUCAUUUGAAUGGAUGGAUUGACAAGCUUAUGAGAUUAAACCAAUAUUGGGCAUUUGGGUUAGCUGUUUGGGUGAGCUCUUGGAUGCAGCUGUUAGGAGCAGCCAUUAGCAGCGAGGAUCAGCCAUUGGCUAUCCCAAUGUCAGUUAUCUCUUAUGACAAGCAUGGAUUUUUAUAACUGAAACUGAUAACUGAAAUUUGAAGAUUGUUAUUCUGGGUUAGUUGUCAGAAAAUCCUUGUCCCUUAUGCUUAGAUAGUGAAGGAUCAUCACUUUGACUGAGAUCUAAUCCAGGCACGAUUGUGUACAGACCACCGUCAUAUAGCUGGAAUAUUGCUGAGUUCGACGUUCAGCAACAAACAAAUCUUUAUUUUAAGUAAACCAGUCCAUCUAGAUGAACAGUAAGUGUUCCUUUAACAAUUUUUUAUCAGGUAUCAGGAAUCUUACAGAAUCAUUAAAAUGAGAUAAUUCAUGUAAUGUUAUCAAAAGUAUUAUUGCAGUACCGGACAAGCAACAGGGCUCUGGGUUUAUAUGACAAAAGGAAUGUUACCUUGUUCCAGGUAUGUGUUCUUGUGUUAUACCUUGUCAUAGAAUGUAAUGAGACUGGGACUGGGACUGGCAGCUGGUCCUGAUGCUGCUGUAUGAAGUCAGUUGUGAUGUGGUACUUACAGAUCUGUGAGCAAGUAUAGGGGAUUUGUUGUUGAGUUUGCAUAGUUAAUAAAUGUAUGUGAGUGUGAGAGAAACAGAUGUAUAUCAUUGACUGUGUCAUUGCAUUUAAUAUAUGCAAAUAAUAAAUGCAUAGAAUUGA